AUGCCCGAUGCCUCUAAAUGGGAUUUGUUUAAUGAUCCCGCUGCAGCAGCAUUGCCCGCUUUCAGCAGGACUGCCAUGGAAGGGGUGUAUGGGCUGGAGGAAGGCGCGGAUUUUUUGGGCGAACAGUCGGCCAUCAAAUGGAGCUAUUCAAUCAAGGGAGGGGAUACAUUGUUUCAUGUGUCCGGUUUUUUUGGCAAAGACAUCGCCUAUUUUAUCUGUGAAGGCAAACAGCUGCGCGGAGACAUAUUGCUGAACGGUUACUGGCGCAAAAUGGUAAGUACAGAAACCGGACUGAUACAUUUAACCAUUGCCCGGUACAAAGGUGCUGAUACACUGCUGCAGGCUGGUACCGCCAUUACUCCCGGCAGUAUCUCCAUCAGUGGUGCAUAUGGCAAAGGACAGGAAUUGCCGGCCAUUCCCAUAGCACUUACUUAUAAACGAAAACUAAACAGUACACCGGCUUUUAAUAUACUGGCACACCGGUCAGGUGGCCGCACAUCAGACCUGUUGCCGGUAUCUGAAAAUUCGGUAGCCAUGAUACUAAAAACGCCGGAGUUUGGCUCUACCGGCAUUGAAGUGGAUGUACGCUUUACCAAAGACGGCGUUCCCAUUCUCUACCACGAUAAUACCCUGAACCUCCGCGAAACACAGAAAAGCGGUUUGGUAGGACCGAUAGAAAACUACACUUAUGAGCAGCUGUCUACUUUUGUGCGGCUGGUACACGGAGAAAGAAUACCCACGCUGCGCGAAGCGCUGGACGCCGUACUGUACAGAACGCCACUGACAUUUGUCUGGCUGGAUACCAAGUAUAUCGGUUCGCUGGCGCCCAUUCAUGCCAUACAGAACGAAUACCUGCAGAAGGCCGCUGCUGCAGGAAGAAAACUGGAGAUAGUGAUUGGUUUACCGGGAGAGGAUCAGUUUAACCAGUUCCUGGCACUGCCGGGUUAUGCCAGUACCCCCUCGCUCUGUGAAUUAACCCUGGAAGACGUAGAAAAAGCAAAUGCUAAAAUAUGGGCGCCCCGUUUUACAGAAGGUACGCAAAAUGCACUGGUAGACCAGGUGCAUGCGGCCGGCCGGCGGGCUUUUAUCUGGACGGUAGACGUGCCCGAAUUUAUUAACCGCUACAUCAAUGAAGGCCAUUUUGACGGCAUGCUGUCAAACUUCCCUUCCUGCGUAGCCUAUAAUUACUAUGUACACCAGUAA